AUGUGCAUCCGUUAUGCACAAUGUUGCAAAGAAUGGCCUGAAUCCGUCACGUGUGGCGAGGCUCGAGUAGGCCUUUGCAUCGGCACACUGGAAGUUCCUGUUUCCGAUUGCACAGCUGGAGUUGGUCGAGCUGUCGUCUAUACUCAAGGUACAGUGUUUCCAUCGUUGCUGAAACAUCCGCGCCAAGUUCUUUUUUCCCAGCUAGGCGGAAUAACAGUUUUGCCAGUAAACCUUUCGGCCUCGUUUCAAGGUACUUGUCGCAUCGGAACGAAAUCGCUGGAAGCAUUACAGAACGAGGAGCACGAGUUGUGCGAGAUGAGGUUAACGGCGUUUAAGUGGGCCCUCGUGAUUUUCUUCCUUGUAAAAACAACAUCGAGCCAAGAUGACGAGUUUUCGCGGUGGGCAGACGGAAUACGCGCUGUGCUCGACGGGUGUCCGCAAAUGCCAUGGGGAAAUUUUGAUAGCCGAGAAAUCCUUCCCGCCCUUCGUCAUUGUCUGCAGCUUCGAGCCAUUACGGUAGUCGAUACCUUAUUGAUGGACGACGUUAUACCAAUCCUCGAUGGGGUUAAUUUGGUGCGGUACGAAGAUCCGCACUCUAAUAGAACAAUAGCUGACACGAAAUUUGACGGAGAUCAGACUAACAAUGUGGAGGAGAAUAUCAGUCCCGAGAACGACAAAGUUUGGCAACGAGUAGUGAUAAACAAACUUACACGAUUAUUUCGAACACACGUUUUGAAAAUAGACAUCGACGAAGUUUCCAGAGCCACCGGACUCGUGCCGAGCAAUACAGACGAAAAAAAUGGGGCUAAUAUCAAUCAAGGCAGAAGGCGUCGCCAUAAAAACAGAAGCAUGUUUCCCAUGAUGAUGAUGGGCUUUCUUUUCAUGGGCUCGAUACUAAUCCCAAUGGGAUUUCAAUUCCUUGCCGUACUCGGCGGCAAGGCGUUGAUCCUGGCCAAAAUGGCUUUGAUACUGUCGAGCAUUCAAGGUCUGAAGAAAAUUGCCACCAGUGGAGUAAAUUACGGAUUGUAUCACACGCCAACUGUGUCCGAGAGCUGGCACGACCGAUCAACACAUCAAGAGAUCAGACCGCCGAUCGAACCGCCCUACCAAACUUACUUCCACGGGCGAUCGAAUCAGUAAAAUAACGAUCGGUCCAUUACAGUUGUUAAAAAAACAAAAGAAAAAAAGAAAAAAAAAAACGAA